AUGGGAACAUUUGGUCCAAAUGUGUUUGAUGACGAUUCUGCAUGUGAAGCGUUAGACAGUCUACCAGAGGAGGUUAUCGAGAAAUUCACUCAAUCAUUCAGAACUGUGCUUGAAAAGGAUUACAUAGAAUAUGAAGAAGGUCAAGCAGUACUUGCCUAUUCCAUGGUUGUGCUAGGACUCAUUGAUGACCAAAAUAUCGGAAAAAGAAAAGACAAACAACUAGAUCCUUUCUACAAAGAGAGACUUUUAACGGUAGUCAAUAAAAAUAAAGACUUUUGGUCAUCAUCUGACCAAACAGCAGUAGUGGGUGAUUGUGUAAAAUGUUUAGUGAAGCUCAAACGGCCUGAAGUGUCAGAAGUUAGUGAACUAUGGCAUGAGGGAGGUUCACCUGAAGAAUGGGUAGCCUUAGUUGAUGGCAUAAUUAACGACCUAAGCCAAUUCUUUACAAAAUAA